AUGGCUGCGCCCAUCAGAGUAAAAAUUUUGUAAAAAAACUCCAAUUUUUUGCUAUGUACUCAGUCAAAAAUGAAUUCGGGUCAAAACUUUGUUACCAAAGAUGAUCAUCAGUUGCUAGCGGUCCAACUGGUACCAAAUAACUCCCUGCAUAGUGUCUCUGUUGAAGGAAAAUGGUUUGAAUAUGACACUGGUUCGAGGGUCCUGCACCAGUCCAGUGCACAAACACUGCUUCUUCCAUGUAGUGCUGCAUCGGCAAGAAUCCUAUGCUGUGAAAAUGUUGUUAAUGCUGUAACUGGAGAGACUGUGCCUUACGUCAUUGUUGCAGCCAAAUCGGGCGAGCCAGAGGAUCCUGACUACUCAAUAACCCUGUUUGUACUUGGAGCAAAGAAGAAAUUGUACAUUGCUGCACAAACUUUCUUUGUCCCGUCGUUUUGUACCUUUGAAUAUGGAACAGAUGUUCUUACAGUUUUGCAGUCAUCAGUAAGAAUCUUGGAUGGACCUACCGUGCUGUUUCUCAGCGAAAACAACGGUUGUUUUCAUUUCAUCUACCGCAUUUGCAAUGUCGGAUCAUCUCAUUCAGUCACCUCUGAACUUAACCACUACACCGGGAAAAUCAAGUACUCCGAAUUGCCUCCUUCCAAGAAUGAAGAUUCAAAUGACAAAUCGUACAACUACCACCGAUUUCUGUCGGCAGAUGUUAAGUUCUCCCAUUGGCAUCGAACAACCAUUCUCACUGUACAUUCCAUAGGUACAACUAAGCCCACCCAGAAAAAAAAUGUGCCAUUCUCACUUGUGCAAUCCACAAUCAAAAUAACCGAUUGGGGCCAGAAUGUUGAACAUGGUACUGCCUUGAGUGAUUUGAUACCAGACGUCUAUGCAAGUAUUUGUACCUCAGAAGUGUUGUCCAUCCAAAAUUCAAGAUGCCAUUCCUUUCUGCAUGAAGAUGUUCAUAAUGAUGCAGAAGGGCCUGCAGCAAAAGAUACUGUGAUAUGUACGAAGUUUGGACAGAUGGCUCAAUUCUGUUAUAAUCAUCUCUACUCCUGUGAAGAAAUACCAGCGAAGGACAUACAGCGGAUCUUUAUUGUGGAUGCCUUUGACAACGAAUAUGUUGCAGCAGUUUCGCAGGAAAAUGGUGUCAUUGCUGUGAAGUUGGAAGAUCUGAAGCUAUGUGGACACUGGCCAUCAGCGAAAUAUGUUGUUGUCGGCGAUUUCCUACAGAAUGGAACUGACCAGCUACUACUGCUGCCUGCUAGCUGGUGGAGGGAGAGUGAAACGAUCAGCUCGUUCUGCCUCACAGAUUUUGGAUUUUGCUGUGUUGAUACAUUGGAUGACGCUGAGGCGAUGGGUGAGCCAAUGGAAGACGGAGACAGCAACAACCUCGGUACAAUAGUGGAACACUUGGAAUCUCGUGUACAGUGUGGCAUGACGGCACUCCAUCACUCUGAGAAUCUCUGCCGGGAAAAGAUGGAUCUUGCCAAGAAAACCAGCCAGGGUCUGUGUAGUAUGGCAAUAGAGGGCAGCAGCAUGCUUGACCACAAUCACAACAACCCGUCCAAUAUGGUAGACUUGUUUAGUGACCGAGCAAACCAUGUUGCAGCAACAUCAUCACUUAGAGAGGAUUUCAACCACCAACCACAACCAUUUGAUGUCGCCGAAACCUGGCAGAGAAUUGUGGGAAACAAGUGGAUCAUAGGCGUUGAUGUCAUCAACAGAACGGGAAGGGACAUAUCUGAAAUAUGCCUGUUGUUGGUUCAAGACUCACCCGACCUACCAAAUUUAAAAUGCCAUAGCAAAGUCCAGAACUCUGUCCGAGCAAAUGACAACAAACAAGGAGCUGAACCACACUCAAAAAGAAGAAAAGUAGUCCCGAGUAAUGGCCAGCCGUACAGUAUUACUGCCCCCGAGGAAGAAGAUAUGGUCACCCUCACGACUGUCACAGAUUUGCCAAAGUUUACGUUUCCGACGAUCUCCUGCCAGUUGUUGUUACAGUGGUCCUUUUCUGGGCUUGCUGGCGGAGGGCCUCAGAAUGGUGGUGGUGAUGCAUGCCAGCCUCACGCUGCCAGGCCCUCCCAGUGGGUCUGUGGACAGAUCUCAUUACAGGCUGAGCACGUGGUCAGUGAGAAAUUCAACGUGAAGUUGACGACAGCUCCUCAAGAAGUUUGUGAAGUGCGCAGAAUCCUCCAGUGCCUGAACACCUGCCAGUUAGAGACAACCCUCCAGCUCCAGUCCUCUUUCCUCACCAACGAUGCCCUCAUCUCCGCUCUACAGAGAUUCGGCCUGACCUUCCAUAAAAUGUAUCACUCCUAUAUUGACCUUGAACUUGGCAUGUUCCACCUGCUCAGAGUCGACCUUGAAACCAAAGGUCAAGGUCAGGGUCUUUGGAUAACAGUUCACUCAAAUGAUGAAAAUCAGCUCAUGAUGUUCAUCCACAUGUUGUACUCCGGUCUUCCAGACGAUCUCAACAUCGUUCACGGCAAACGAGGCAAUAUGGCGGCUGCCAUGGCAACAGCUCUUAAUCACAUGGUCCAAGAGGUCAACCAAUCAUGUCACAGUAUCAGCAAUGCAUUGAAAUCAACAGGACAUGCAGAUGCAAUGGAAUUCGAUCAAGUUUCAUUGGAUCAAACAGUCGCAGAUUUACGACAAAAUUUCGAACUCAAAAAACGGAAAUUUAUGGAAGAUGACGUGAAGCCGUCUGCAUCACAACCAGUUUUACGAUUUCCACAUCUGCAAUCACUGACAGAUGGGUCUGUCUCAAACAUGGUUAAGGAAUCGGAAUCUCUUUAGCGUAUCUCAGAAAUGUUUUAUUCUGAGUCUGCAAUAGGCCAAUUGCUCAUUUGAGAAUGUAGAGCAGAUAGUGUAGUGCUUGAGAUGCAGAUGCCUUGAUCGUCUGCUGGGAAGUGUUGCCGUACAGAGUGUAUUGGUUGGUGAGGCACAAGCACUGUGCUGAGGCCAUCUGAGUAUUCUUAGAUGGGCGAUUGGCAGAUGGAAAAUUGGCAUGACAGGAUCAAUGACCAGUAUUAUCUAUGCAAUUCAAAAUCUAUGCAAAUUUACAUUUUCAGGGGUUGUAUUCUAGAGUUCCUUCCUUAUUUAUCUAGCAGCAAGUGUUGCGUCUGUUGAAGUGAUAUGCAUGUUUUUCUAUAUUCAAGGGUCCAACUUUCACAGAUUUAGACUGAAACGCGAUGCAAAUUUAUAGUUUUCUACAAGUAGCUGUCUGGUUUUUUUUAUCAAAGUUUAAUUCUGUAGUCUAGAGCCUGUUGCACUUUUGAUAAGUACUAAAACCAUUUGCCGCCAUUAGCUUGUUUAAGGGUUACAAGUGCAUUCACAAAAUCUAAUUAGCAUAAAUUAGCACUGAAUUGAUAAACCAAUAUUUCUGCCUGAAUAUCGCCUCUUAGGGGAUCCCAAUAAUCAAGGUCAGCACUCUAGUAUAAAAUCGAAGUGGCCUCUCCUUGUUUUGGGCUUUUUAUACCCAGUGCUUAAUAAAUAUACGCAUUUAUUAUGUUUGGAUUUUAUUUAUUCAAGUGAAAAAUGUUAGUAUCGUUUGCUUCUAAUUUUAGAAGCUUGUGUUGUCAUUUUGAUGUUGCAGUGUAUUGUGCUUUUGUUAGUUUUAAAUAAAAGAUAAUGUAGGAUA